UCAUUUCUUAAAACCUGUUUCCUAUUUUGUUCAGAAUGCGAAAUUCCACAUAAAGUUGGAAAAUAAAACACCACACCGAACCAGAGAGAUGCGACCUACCAGUUAGGAUCAAAGUACCAACAUAAAACGUAAUCAGGGAGUAUUAUCCAACAUUUUCUCAAGAAUUCUUUAUUCACAUUAAACUAAAAAAAAAUAGGCAUUAUGUGGAUCUAUUUCACAAGUAAUCUACUGUUUAUACAACUCAUAUUAAUUGGUGCCGAGAUAAAUCGAGAGGCAAUCAAUGGAGAUAAAGACAUCAGCAUAUUUGAUACAAAUCAUGAAAGACAACAACACCAAUUAAUCAAUACAGAACACAGUGAACAUCGAUCCGAUUCACCCGAUGAUAUACCCACCUCUCCAAUGACAGAUGAACAAAGAUUACUAUCAAAAAUACUGCAUGGAUAUGAUACAGCCUCUCGACCAAUAUUUAAUGCAUCAAAAAGUGUACAAGUUGGUUUUCAGUUCACCUUGAUACAAAUCAGUCAAUUGGAUGAAGUCAAUCAAGUGCUCACUUUGAAUGUUUGGAUUGAACAAGAAUGGAUUGAUGAAAGACUUACAUGGGAUCCACUGGAAUAUAAUAACUUGUCAAGAAUACGAAUCCCGUGUCAGAAGUUAUGGUUACCAGAUAUUGUGUUGUAUAAUAGUGCAGAUGAUUAUAAAACAGAUUAUAUGCAAAGCAAGGCAAUGGUACAAUCAAACGGUAAUGUAUUCUGGCCACCACCGGCAAAAUUAAGAUCAACGUGUAAAAUUGAUAUCACCUAUUUUCCGUUUGAUGAUCAAUCCUGUAUGAUGAAAUUUGGCUCAUGGACAUACGAUGGUUGGCAGGUGAAUGUAAUUAAACGACAUGAUGAGGUGGACACGUCAAAUUAUGUUGAAAAUGGGGAAUGGGAUCUACUCAAGGUUGUAGUAGAAAGAAAUGAAAUCUUCUAUCCAUGCUGUCAAGAACCAUAUCCUGAUCUACGGUUUACAAUCUAUAUGCGUCGUAGAACUCUAUAUUACUUAUUCAAUAUAAUCUUUCCAUGUUUAUGGUUAACUGUGCUAAGCCUGAUCAGUUUUUGGUUGCCACCUGAUUCUGGAGAGAAAAUCACCUUAGGUAUAACUGUUCUACUGGCAUUUAGUGUAUUCAUGUUGUUAAUUGCAGAGAAUAUGCCAGCUACAAGUGAAUUUGUUCCAUUGAUUGGUGUCUAUCUUACAGUUACUAUGACAAUGACAUCACUGUCUAUUAUAUUAACAGUUCUCGUUCUACACCUUCAUCAUACUGGUUCAAAUCGACAAGCUGUACCUAAAUUUAUUAGAAUAUUAUUUUUCAAUUAUAUUGCUAGAAUACUCUGUUCAGAUGUUGUACGUAGGUAUCAAGUGAGGCGAGAAAAGUGUGUAAUGAAACACGCUGACCUUUUGAGACAAAUGUCAUUGAAUAAAAAAGGAGAUACAAACUCUAUCAGUAACGACGACAAAUGUUCUAUGAAUUAUCAAGACAAAUUAAUCAACACAAAACCAACAAUCUGCAAUUCACCAAAUUUAAACAAACCACUCCAGUAUAAUUAUUUGCCAUCAGAGGUGAUCAGCUCAACUAUUGUUCUCAAUGAAAAGAAACAAUUGUCAGCUUGUAAAUAUGCAACAAACUCUUCAAAUACUACUGAACAACAACAGUAUUCAUCAGUAGUUGAUAAACGAUAUAAAGCCAUUGAACCACUGAACACAUUAAGUUCACCUAAUUUAAAUACAGCCAACACAAUUUCAAGCGAAGAAAUAAUCAAAAGGCCUAAAUUAAUCAAUACCUUUCGAAUAAUCAAUGACUUAAACAAAAAUAACAACCUUGAAAAGGAAAGUCAAGGUCACAAGACGCGAACUACAUUUAAACAAAAUAAAAUCUUUCAUGAUCACAGAACAAUUUAUGCUAAAUCAAGUAAUGAUUUAAACAACGACGAUAGUAAUAAUAAUGAUAAUGAUGAUAAUGGUGAUAAUGAUAGUGAUUAUGUAACAAAUUUGAACCCAUUGAAUAGGCGUACAUAUUUACCUCGUCAAACAAUUGAAAAUCAAGAACAAAUAAAAGUAUUAAAAAAAUUAACAGUAAUUUUACAAAGAGCAGAAAAACAACAAGAGAUGAUACAAAUUUAUUUACAUAAUUUGUAUGAAAAACAAUCUGAAGAAGAGUAUAUUUCAGAUAUUGUAAAUGAAUGGCGUAUAUUAGCCCUGAUAGUAGAUCGUAUGCUAUUUUGGUUAUUUUUAACGAUAGCCUCAAUAGCUACAAUUGUAAUUCUAUUAAUUAUGCCUUUGUUUAAACCUAAUUUUGCAUGAAAUGAAUACAUAGCAGUAUACUUGUGAAUUUUUAAGAUUUCAAACCAUCUUAUUUACCCCCAACCACCUCUCAGCUCCCAUUUCAUUUUCUUCAACUUCCCAUGUUUUAUAAGAACAAGAUUGCCCUUCCUCUUGUAUAGAUUUAUUCUACACACUGGUUUGCUCAAACAGUUGUAUAGAAAUGUGUGAUUAGUAGAUUUUAGAGAAUAGUGAUCACUAACCUUAAUUUAGCAGUGACACACUUCAGGGGAUUAUUAUAUGUGUAUUCUCGCCGACCAUGCACAUGUUCCGGGGUUCGAGCCCACGCCGGCGCACACCUGAUAUCUAUGGUCGGCCUGCAAAAUUUGGGCUACCGAUAUCCAUGCUGAAAAUUCCAUACUUGUAACAAAAAUACAGUGUGGAAUCAAGCUGU